AUGUUAAUGCAAGGCGUCCCUUUUAAUGUAGAAUACUCGAAGACAAAUCGAUCCUACUGUAGAACAUGCAGAUGCUAUAUUUCUAAAGAUGAUAUUAGAAUUUACAUUUAUCAUUAUGAUGGUCCUGAAUAUUACCAUUUGAACUGCUAUACCCCAAAAGUCAAACAAUAUAUUUGUAAAAGCCUUAUAAACAUAAUUUAA